AUGACCUGUCCAGACAAGCCAGGGCAGCUCAUAAACUGGUUCAUCUGCUCCCUGUGCGUCCCGCGGGUGCGUAAACUCUGGAGCAGCCGGCGCCCAAGGACCCGGAGGAACCUCCUGCUGGGCACUGCCUGCGCCAUCUACCUGGGCUUUCUGGUGAGCCAGGUGGGACGUGCCUCUCUCCAGCAAGGAAGGGCAGCAGAAAAGGGACCACACCAGAGCCACGACACCGCCGAGGCACCCUUCCCUGAGAUACCCUUGGAUGGUACCCUGGCCCCUCCAGAGUCUCAGGGCAAUGGGACCACGCUGCAGCUCAAUGUGGUGUAUAUUACCCUACGCUCCAAGCGCAGCAAGCCUGCCAAUAUCCGUGGCACCGUGAAACCCAAGCGCAGGAAGAAGUACGCAGUGGCAUCGCCAGCCCUGGGACAGGAGGCUUUGGUCGGACCAUCCCUUCAGCCACAGGAUGGUGCAAGGGCAGCUGAUGCUGAAGUGCCUGGGUACGUCCAGGGAGGAAAUCUGGCCAAGGCUGGGGAACGACCCUGGAGGCUGAUACGGGGCUCAGGAGUGCACGUUGCGGGCUCAGAUUUUCAGCGGCGCAAGAGCCAGGAGAGCAACAUCAGGAUCUACAGUGAGAGCGCCCCCUCGUGGCUGAGCAAAGAAGACAUCCUCCGAAUGCGCCUGUUGGCGGAUGGUGCAGUGGCAGGUCUUCAGCUCGUGUCCUCUAAAAGCGGAGCGCGCUUGCUGGUGCUAGAGGGGAGUGCCGCUGGCUCUGCGCCUGGCUGUGGCCCCAGCCCCUGUGGACUACUCAAGCAGCCUUUGGACGUGAGCGAGGUGUUUGCCUUCCACCUGGACAGGAUCCUUGGGCUCAACAGGACCCUGCCGUCUGUGAGCAGGAAAUCAGAGUUCAUCCAAGAUGGCCGCCCAUGUCCUCUCAUUCUCUGGGACUCAUCUUUAUCUCCAACGAGUAAUGAGACCCACUCUUCUGUUAAGCUCACCUGGGGAACUUACCAACAGUCGUUGAAACAGAAGUGCUGGCAGAAUGGUCGAGUACCCAAGCCUGAAUGGGGUUGUACUGAAAUACAUCACCACGAGUGGUCCAAGCUAGCACUCUUUGAUUUUUUGUUACAGAUUUAUAAUCGCUUAGAUACAAAUUGCUGUGGAUUCCGACCUCGAAAGGAGGAUGCCUGUGUACAGAAUGGACUGAGGCCAAAAUGUGACAACCAAGAUUCUGUGGCUCUAGCACACAUUAUCCAGCGAAAGCAUGACCCAAGGCAUUUGGUCUUCAUAGACAACAAGGGUUUCUUUGACAGAAGCGAAGAUAACUUAAACUUCAAAUUGUUAGAAGGCAUCAAAGAGUUUCCCGAAUCUGCAGUUUCUGUUUUGAAGAGCCAGCACUUACGGCAGAAACUCCUUCAGUCCCUGUUUCUUGAUAAAGUUUAUUGGGAAAGUCAAGGAGGUAGACAAGGAAUUGAAAAGCUUAUUGAUGUCAUAGAGCAGAGAGCCAAAAUCCUUCUUACUUACAUCAAUGCACAUGGGGCCAAAGUAUUACCUAUGAAUGAAUAAAAGGAUCUUCUGGCUAGAAUACUAGAUAUAUUUAUGCAUUUUUUUGUGUUUGGUUUUAAAAUCAAGUACACAAACCUCAAGUCUUUUUAGGAAUGAGGCAGUGUAAAUGAAUAUAUAAAAUAAAUGAAUUUAACCAAGUGUAUAUGAUGUGUCUGAGCAUGAUAAGCAGACUUAAAACCUUUUAAAAACAUACUGCUCAAAAAAAUACUUGUUCAUAUUUUUCUCUAACAUCGGAUCAUGUGAGUCUCAACAUCUGAUUAUACAGAAUGGUUGCAAUUAUUAUUCCAGCUAGCUUUGUUAAAACAUUUGUCAUGCCAUUUAACAGAACAGUGUAAACCAGAGGUGCUGACUCCUUCAGCAAAGCAUAUUUUAUGCCAUACUGACUGGUCUGACCAAGUUCUGAUGGGAAGGGUUCUUGACAUUCUUCAGUUGCUGAUUGUUAAAACAGAGCCGUCCCAAUAUGACCCAGAGGCAGUUCUGCAUUGGAAAACUGAGGCAUGUGAUCUGCAAAAACACCAGGUAUACC